UUAAUAGAGUGAUUAAAAAUGAAGUCUAGUUAUCUAUAACAAUAUCCACAUCCUUAUCAUCAUUGUGCAAAUUGUAAAACUUCUAAAGGUGUGCGAAUAAACUGCAUAUAAUGCGCGCGCAUUUUCUUGCCUGAUGCCGCUGCAUCGCUUUGAGAAAAAGUGCCACAUUUCAUAAGUUGAACUGCUGAAGGAUGGCUGCACUUAACUCCAAUACGGUGCACAAGAUCAACAACAGCUACGAAUCGGAACCGUCCACGGGCAGCGGGUCUUCGCUCAGUGAAAACAAUGAGGGUCACAUAUCUGACGAGGAGAACAUGAAUCUUCCAUACAUGCUGAAUCCGAAGGCACUGAGCACAGAGAAUGCCCACAAAUCGAGUGUCCACAGUAGCCAGGAGUCGCAGUUCCGAGGAUUCGGCGACAGUCCCUAUGGCCAAGUGAACAAACAGCUGUACGGCUCGCAGCUGAAGCACCUGCAACUGCCGGAGCCAGAAAAGCAACCGGAGAAGCUGAUCGCAGCGAAGCGACAGUCGCCCGGCAUGAUCGUCUUUCCCAGAUUCUACGACAGCAUCUUGGAGGAGGACAGCUGCAAUGCGGUCGAUAUGCCAGCCACGUCAGCUGCAGCAUCCAUAGCACAGACAGCGACAGACAGUCUGUCCUUCGAUGGCAAAAUCAAGAGUCUGACUGAGGCGUCUGGCAGCUCGUGCAAUCCAACUGAGCCGGUGCCACAGCAGCAGGCGCCGCAGCAGCUGUCGGAAUCGUUUAUUCUCAAGAAAAUGAACAACGAACGUUCGCCCGAUCUCUUUGCUGACAGCGACGAAGAUGAGGCCGAUGAGCCAAUCGACAAAGGAUUGGGCACAACUCUGGAAGACUUGCCUGAGGCUCUGGAAGAGAGCCAAUGCGCGAAUGAGGCGCCAACGUCGAGCCACAAUGCCAGCGAACGUUACUCUCUGAACGCGCCCACGGAGUCCAGCUUUGUGGACGAGCAGACGCAAGACACUCAGCUAGCGGGCAGCGAUCCGCGCACCCACUUCAUUGAGAAUUGCAGGCGGGAGCGUGAGCUCUAUCGACGCAUACGUCGCUGUCUGCAGGGUGUCCGCCCGCCGCCCACCGUGACCACGCCCGACAUCGAUGUGAUCAGCACGGUGGUGAAUAUGAAGGAGAAUGUGCUAAAUUUCCUGUCAGCAGCCACGCCGUCCAGCAUUGAGGAUAGUGGCAUCUGUGCCACGCCCUCACUGCUCAAGCCCACCCACAGCCUGGCCGAGGCACAGAGCAUGAGCUGGCGCGAAGUGCUGGGCGUACGUCAGCAUGGACUAAGCUACAAUUUGAACAAGGCGGCCGAACAAAACGAAUACCUCAGUCUGUCCGUUGUGGAGCGUUACGUGGGUGCAGAGACGGCGACGUCCUAUGUGCGAUCGCCCUCCAGUGCCAAGAAGCGCAACAUGCGCAUGAAAAUGCUUACGCAAUCGCCGGGCAAUCGGCUCAGUCAUUUGGCCAAACGUCGCGCCAUCUUUUCAUCGGCCAAUCUGGCCACAAACUCCAUCAAACUGAACAGUUCCAUAGGUCCACAAAUACUACUAGAUAAAAAAAAAGAGCGCAAUAGACGCAAAGCAACUCCAAAACGCAAAACACCCGGAAGCAAAAAGAAAGCACGCAAGACGCCUACCUCCUCAGCACGAAAGCGCCUCUACCGCACCGAUCUCAUCAAGCCGGGCCCGUCGCGCGAGACCUCGAAACGCGCACUGUUCCAGAGCCCGGCCAAGUCACUGCAACAGCAACUGAUACCGCCCAAGCCGCUCUUCAAGCCGGAGAUCGCCAAUCGUGUGGAGAGAUCGAAGCGUGCGCUCUUUUCGCCGGACAACGGCAGUGGCAGCCAGCAGCCAGGCGCUGGCUGUGCUGAGAGCGUGAGCCAGCAGCUGGACACGCUGCUCAAGCGCAAACGCAAUGCUCAGGACGACGACGAGGAUGCCGCCGAGCUGGCCAGCCAGAGCCGGAAGCUGCUCCGCACCAGCGGCUCGGGCAGUCACGGACUAACGCCUCGCGCCCUCAAAAUAAAGAGUCAGAGCUUUUGCAUUGGAGCUGGUUCCUCCACGGCAGCAGCAACAGCAGCAGCGCAGUACAAGACGGCCGCCGGCUUGCAGCCAGCUGGUGGCUUUGGCAGCGCCAGUCGACUAAGUCUUGGAUUCAGCGGCAGCAGCAGCAAUUUGAGCAGCAGCACAACCAAAGCUGGCAGCAAAUUGAUGCGCGCCCAUUCGGAGAUGAGCGCAGCGCCGCAGACCGCCAUGACGGACAAUCAGCGAAAGAAACUGCUGUGGGCCGUGUCGCAGGCGCUGCAGGAAAGGAAAAUAUCGGCCAAGCACGAGAAUUUCCGGCAAUACGCAGCGGACCUGGCGCGCAUUGUCAAGCGCAUCUUCCAGGAGUUCCACCAAGGGCACACGACCAGCAACAGCGAGACACUGCUGCGGCUGGCCAAGAAGUACGCCUUCAGCGUGAUUUCCGGCAAGCAGCCGGAUGACAUCUACUUGCAUGCGCGCAGUCACGAGAGCGAAGCGAAACGACAGUCCUCCACGCGGCUCUCCGGCUACAUCGGACCCGAGGAGUUUGCCCAGCGGAAGCUUCUCUUGUCGCAAAGCUCCACCCAGUCACAGUCGCUGUCGCAGAUGUCGCUGACGCGCAGCCAGGCUGGCGGCUCCAUACAGAAUCUGUUUGGCAGCGAGAACUCGGUGGACUCGUUCGGCUUCAGUCAACUGAGCCAGAGCAAUGGUGCAUCCAACUCGACCACGCAGUCCAGUUUCAUGGAACGCAUCUCGGAGGAUCUGUUCUGUAAUCAGCAGCAGCAGCCACAAAAGCAGCAGCCGCCGCAGCUACCCAUUCAGCCGAAUCCCUCGCUGCACAACAGCUCGUCCAAGAGCAAUCUGGGUGGGCUGGCGCUGCGCGAGAACGUGCACUGCGAGCAGCGGCGCUCGGGCCAGAAGAACUUCACCGGCAAGGAUCAGCGCAAUAUCAGCCCGUACUUUGGCGGCGGGGGCGGUGGCAACAGCAACGGCUCAGCGCGCAAAUUGCAGGCGAACGCAGCCUCGAGCGGCGGCUCUGGCGUCAAGGCGAAACGCCAAAUAUCCUUCGAUAGCUAAAUUUGUUUCCUUUGUUUUUUUAAAUUUUUUUUUGCAAAACUAUUUAUUUCGAACAGAGUGUGUUGUUCCAUAUUUCACGGGUUGUGUUCUAGCCUAAUUUAAUUAUACAAUUGCGGUAGGCAGAGACCGACGACGACUACAUACGUAUUUACAUCUAAAUAUACACAGAUAAAUGAAAUGCAAUAUGGAGAGAGUGAAGAAAACGAAGAUAUUGAAAAUUGUAACUAGAGCUAUGUAUGAAUAUGUAUAGGAUUAGACCUUUAUUCGGCUGGUACUUGAACGCCUCGCUACGAAUAGAAUGCGCUAAUAUACUAUGAUGAAUUGUAAACAAUGUAAGCUGAAUAUAGAAUGUGUAAAAUAAAAGCUAAACUCAAUAGUAA